CAUUGUCAUCGAGUUGUUUUCUGUUGUUGAUAGCUUAAGCAUUUGAGGCUCUUUGUAGGCCUCUCUGACACCUAGCAAAAUUCUAAAAGUGAUAUCCAGCCGAUAAAGAGGCCGAUCAAAUGCCCACUAUAAAGCUGCGAAUUGGUCUGCCCUCGAAGCGAACGAUGGGCAGCCUGUGCAUCUGCGGGGCACUGGCCUCCAUCUCCGGGCUGGCCUACAUGCGCUGGCGGCUGGAGGACCGGGUGCGUCAGUCGGAGUACUACCAGAUGGCCAUCCAGCAGCUGCGCCAGCACAGCGGCGCCGUGGGCCUGCUGGGGGAGCCCAUCAAGGAGUCGGGCUUCAGUCUGUCCAACGAGAAGAACCGCUGCGAUCCGGACAAGGCCCAGCUGCAGGUGAGCGUUCAGGGUUCCAAGGACAGGGGCACCGUCUACUUCUGGGCCACGAACAACCAGAAGCAGGGCUGGUUGAUCGAGCGCCUGGAGCUCGAGACGAAGCAGCAUCCGAACACUCGUUUCCUGCUCAAGAAGCCCCAGAACUACGCCCUUCUCAGCAAUGAAGGUGAGCCGGAUCAUCCGGGGGCCAGCGAUUCCGCCGAAGAAUCCCAGCAGCCGCAGGAGUCGCUCGACCCUCAGGAACAGGCGGAGAACGAGGCGCAAGAGCAGGAUGCGCCACGUCCUCCCAGUAUUCAGAACAAUCCUCCGCAACAACUGCACCAGCGACAGGGUCAGGAGCCAGUGCCACACGUUCAUACAGCGGAGGGCUGAAGAAUGCAGCGACAUAUUAGGGAAAUCGGUCUUAUUGGCAAACAAGUAUUUUCAAGAGUGGAAUCUCCUCAAAAGAUACCGUAUUUAAUAGUUAUUUGGGAAUAAAUGGUCUAUUUGCUUUCAA